UUCCAGGCACUCUAUGGAGAGGCCGCUAGGGCUCCUGUGGCAUAAAUGACGUGCCGAGAGGACGAGCGAACGCGCAGCCGGGAGAGCGGAGUCUCCUGGCUCCCGCCCCCCACCCCUCCAGCUCCUGCUCCUCCUCCGCUCCCCACACACAGACAAGCUCACACCCGCUCCCUCACUCGCACACACAGACACGCGCGCACACACGCUCCGCACACACACUCCACUCUCUCCCGCGCGCUCACACCCCUCUCGCCCUGCACCCUCGCGGGUGCAGCGCGGCGCGGCAGCCGGACGCCCCUCCCGGGCUCACUUUGCAACGCUGACAGCGGUGGCCGUGGAGGUGGGAACAGCGGCGGCAUCCUCUCCCCUGGUCGCGGCCGGAGCCAGGGCGCCAGCGGAACCCCUCGGCGGCGCUCUCCCAUGAGUCGGGAUCGCAGCAUCCCCUGCCAGCCGCUCACCGCCUCUGGGAGCCGCUGGACUUGGAGACCGCAGCCCUUCCGGGACAGCAGCUGUGACUCCCCCCCAGCGCAGAUUUCGGGGCAGCUCUCUAGAAACUCGCUCUAAAGACGGAACCGCCACAGCACUCAAAGCCCACUGCGGAAGAGCGCAGCCCGGCAAGCCCCGGCCCUGAGACUGGACCCUCAGCGGAGCUGGGCAGCACCGCCGCCGCUUCGCCUAGUCGUACGUCUCCACCUCCUUCACUCUCAGCCUCCGCUGGAGAGACCCACAGCCCCACCAUUCAGCGCGCAAGAUAUCCUCCAGAUGGUGCAAACUCCCCCCAGUCCAUUUCCUGGGCCUACUUUCCCACCUCACCACCUAGCUGGCUGAAGUCAUCAGCAGGGGUCCAGUUUGUGCAGACUGCUGGCCCUGUCUGGAAGAGUGGGAAGGGGGUGGAAGAAAAAGCGACCACAAUAUGUAUAUGCCCUGCGUGCAAGCCCAGUAUAGCCCUCCGCCUCCAGGUUCCAGUUAUGCAGCGCAGACCUACAGCUCAGAGUACACAGCGGAGAUCAUGAAUCCCGACUGCGCCAAGCUGACCAUGGACCUCGGCAGCACCGAGAUCACGGCCAGGGCCACCACAUCCCUGCCCAGCUUCAGUACCUUCGUGGAGGGCUACUCCAACUACGAAUUCAAGCCCUCCUGCCAGUACCAAAUGCAGCCGCCUGGGCCGCGACCCUUGAUCAAGGUGGAGGAGGGCCACCCGCACAGCUAUCACCAUCACCCCCACCACCACCAUCACCACCACCAUCACCAGCAACAGCCGCAGCCAGAGCCAGCCAUUCCGCCCUCCUCCGGACCGGAGGACGAGGUCCUGCCCAGCACUUCCAUGUACUUCAAGCAGUCCCCGCCGUCCACGCCCACCACGCCGGGCUUCCCCUCCCCCUCGGGCGAGGGCACCUGCGCCGUGUGCGGGGACAACGCUGCCUGCCAGCACUACGGCGUUCGCACCUGCGAGGGCUGCAAGGGCUUCUUCAAGAGAACGGUGCAGAAAAAUGCAAAAUAUGUUUGCCUGGCAAAUAAAAACUGCCCUGUAGACAAGAGACGUCGAAACCGAUGUCAGUACUGUCGUUUUCAGAAGUGUCUCAGUGUUGGGAUGGUUAAAGAAGUUGUCCGUACAGAUAGUCUGAAGGGGAGGAGAGGUCGGCUGCCUUCAAAACCAAAGAGCCCAUUACAGCAGGAACCUUCUCAGCCCUCUCCACCUUCUCCUCCAAGCUGUAUGAUGAAUGCCCUUGUCCGAGCUUUAACAGACUCAACGCCCAGAGAACUUGAUUAUUCCAGAUACUGUCCCUCUGACCAGGCCGCUGCAGGCACAGAUGCUGAGCAUGUACAACAGUUCUACAACCUUCUGACAGCCUCCAUUGACGUAUCCAGAAGCUGGGCAGAAAAGAUCCCUGGAUUUACUGAUCUCCCCAAAGAAGAUCAGACAUUACUUAUAGAAUCAGCCUUUUUGGAGCUGUUUGUUCUCAGACUUUCCAUCAGGUCAAACACUGCUGAAGAUAAGUUUGUGUUCUGCAAUGGACUUGUCCUGCACCGACUUCAGUGCCUUCGUGGAUUUGGGGAGUGGCUCGACUCCAUUAAAGACUUUUCCUUAAGUUUGCAGAGCCUGAACCUUGAUAUCCAAGCCUUAGCAUGCCUGUCAGCACUGAGCAUGAUCACAGAACGACAUGGGUUAAAAGAACCAAAGAGAGUGGAGGAGCUAUGCAACAAGAUCACGAGCAGCUUAAAAGACCACCAGAGUAAGGGACAGGCCUUGGAGCCCACGGAGCCCAAGGUCCUGGGCGCCCUGGUAGAACUGCGGAAGAUCUGCACCCUGGGUCUCCAGCGCAUCUUCUACCUGAAGCUGGAAGACUUGGUGUCUCCACCUUCCAUCAUCGACAAGCUCUUCCUGGACACCCUGCCUUACUGAGAGGAGCAGCCUGAGCAGGGAGCCGCCUCAUCUGCUAGCGCCUGCUUGCUACGCAGCAGAGGGAGGGGUCUGGACACCUACCAUUCCUGUCCUUCCUUAAGAGAAAAAGCAGCUCCUGACAAAAUGAAAGACUUUUUUUUUUUUCUGGCACUUUUCCUUACAACCUAAAGCCAGAAAACUUGCAGAGUAUUGUGUUGGGGUUGUGUUUUAUAUUUAGGCUUGGGUUUGGGGUGGGGAGGGGGGUUAUAGUUCAUGAGGGUUUUCUAAGAAACUGCUAACAAAGCACUUUUGGAUGAUGCUAUCCCAGCAGGGGGAAAAAAAAGAAGAAUAAUAUAACUGUUUGAAAACUGUUUCUGGGGAAUACAAUUACAGUUGCUUUGUAUUUAAAAACAAGAACAGCCAAGGGUUGUUCGCCAGGGUAGGACCUGUCUUGAGAUGAUCGCUUUUAGAAUAUACUUCCUGUAUCAAGGGUACGUAUGUGGUGCAAACAAGGCAGAAAUUCCCUCGUCUUAAUUUCUUUCUUCCUUUAUUUUAACAAAUGGUGAAAGAUGGACGAUAACCUAUAAAUCAGACAUAGCAAAAUGAUAAUGGCUGUUCGCUUCCAUAUACAAGUGCAAUUUUUAAAGUGCUGUCUUACUAAGUCUUGUCUAUUAACUCUCCUUUAUUUUAUACAGAAAUAAAAAGGAGGCAAGUUAGCAAAGGACAAGUGCUAAUUUCCUAGCAGAGGUUUUUGUCCACCUGCCCUAUAGACCCCUUCUGAGGUAUGGUCCAUCCAAGAUUUCGGGCCAUUCUUACGGAUCCAGAUCCCUGCCCUGACUGUCCAGCUGUCCCGAAGGGGGCUCAGAUUAUAAGAUGGAUUACAUACAACUGUUUUGGUUGUGCUCUAUCAACCCAUCCAGUGUUUCCUAAACUUCCUUCAGUUAUAGCAACUGACUGACACAGUCAUGCUGAAGCCCAGCCGCGUUCAGUGAGUCUCAAGUGUUUGGUUCCUAGGUAAGAACAUGCAAAAAAUAGGAACUGGAUCAUACAGGGUAAACACCAGGGGUAAUAAGGUUUUUAAUAUAUACAAUUUAAUUUUUGUUAUCAGUUACAGAGACAAUUAUGGAGAGUAAGCAAGUCUUAUUUUUUAAAAAGUAGUAUGAAUGUCAGUACUAGGAAGGAUUAAUGGGCUGCGUUUCAACAUUCCGUGUUCGUACUCCCUUUUGUAUGUUUAUACUGUUAAUGCCAUAUUACUAUGAGAUGAUUUGUUGCAUAGUGUUCUUAUUUGUAUAAACAUUUGUAUGCACGUUAUAUUGUAAUAGCUUUGCCUGUAUUUAUUGCAAGACCACCAGCUCCUGGAAGCUGAGUUACAGAGUACUUAAAUGGGGUGUUCACAGUGACUUGGAUACGCCAACUAGAAAUUAAAUAAGCAAAUAUAUAUAAAUAUAGCAGGUUACAUAUAUAUAUUUAUAAUGUGUCUUUUUAUUAACCAUUUGUACAAUAAAUGUUACUUCCCAUGCGGUUAUUUUAUGGUUCAUUUGCAGUGACUUUUAAGGCAGUACUGUUUAGCACUUUGAUAUUAAAAUUUUGCUUAUGUUUUGCUAAAUUCAAAUAUAAUGUUUGAAGAUUUCUAGGUCUAAAAGUCUUUAUAUUAUAUAUUCUGUAUCAAGUCAAAAUAUGUUUGGCCAUUUUGCUAAGAAACAAACUUUGAAUGUCAAACUGAUGUCACAGUAGUUUUUGUUAGCUCUGAGUCAUUUUUGCUUUUUAAAGGAAAAGUAACAAAACUAUGCUGUUUAUAUUGUCAUUAAAUUAUACAAUCAAACAAAUGCCAAAUGAAUUGCCUAACUGCUGCAAAGAGGAACCCAGAUAGCGAACCAUAUAUGUUUUUCUUCCAAGAGUCAUUCUGAUAGUUGAUCAUAUAUUAUGUUUGUGUGAGCUUUUAUGAAAGAUUAUUAUUUUUAUAUCAAGAUGAUAGCAUCUGGAAUGUUAGGAUCUUGGAAUGUUAAUACUUGGAAGGGGCCUGACUUGCCAGCUAGUCCACCCCAACCCCAAAAUUCACAGAGGAGAAAACGGACCCAGCAAAGGGUAAAGAGUUACCCAGGUCAAAGAGCUAGUACCAGAAUCAAGUCUAGGACCUAAGUCUCUUUUCCAUAGUCUUUUUACUCACCUUACUGCAUCUAUAGGAAAAAAGGCUUUUUAAACUAACCAGAAAUACUUACAUUUUACCUAAUAAUAACCACGAGUAAAGUAGUACUUUUGCAUUAAUUUUUUUCAGCUUAUAUGCGAACAUAAUAAACAUUAUUCGAUAUCAGGAAAGCUAACAUUUCAUAUAAGGUAGCUUCAGACCAAAUUCAAGUUGAAUUUGAAUGAGUUAGAAGUACUGUGCAUACAUAAUCCUUUCGUGCACCAUUAGUAUUGGAAAGUCAGUCCUUGUUUUUUUGUCAUGUCUGAAAAAGAAAAGAAAAAACACACACACACACAGAGCUCUAGAGAAAUGCUGUUACUUUUUAUUUUUACACCCAUCGGAUUUAAGGAAAAAGACCUUUUAACCGUAGUAUUGAUUGGUUGGAAGCAAUGAAGAAGAUUUUUAGUGAUAGGCCCAGACACUUAGUGCUGA